AUGAAGUUCACCAAGCAUCUCUCACCCAUCAUCUUCGUCGCCGCCCCGAUCGCCGCCCAGACGGCGUCGGAGUCGGACCUCUACUCGCUGCUCCCCAUCGACCUGCCGCCCUCCGUCACCCUCCCCGUCGAGACGGACGGCAUCGGCACGGACGGCGGCUGCCCGACCGUCACGGAGGUGGCCGAGCGAUGCGCGACCUGCCCGACGCCGCAUUGUCUCUCGGUGGUGACCCUGACGCAGUCCUGCGGCUGCCCGACCCCGGCGCCGACAGAGUACCUCACGCUGUCGUGCCGGGAGAUCUGCGCACGCAUCGGGUGCAGCACGUCCUACACCGUCGUGCCGGGGGAGGUGUCGUGCGAUGGUAGCGGGAGCGGGACUACUGCGACGACGGCGACGGCCACGGUGACGGAGGUGGUGCCCACGGUGUCGGUGACCGAGUCGACGACCUUGGCGGCGUCGGUGACGGAGUCUGGUUCAUCGACCGGGUCCGGGUCCGGGACAGGGUCCGGCGCUUCGGCCUCGGCUUCCGCAUCCCCGACGCCGAACGCAGCGAGACGGUUGGGUGUGCCGUUCAAGUUUUGGUAG